CAUGUCUCAACACAGGAAGUCCAUGUUUAAGGACCUAGAGGAAGACAUGGAUCUUACGGGUAGAAGACAAAAACAUGUGAGCUGAGUGAGCUGUGACUUACAUCUAAAAUGAGUCUCUCUGGGGAGAGAGAGGAGGAGACCACUGCCUCUAAAAUGAGUCUCUCUGGGGAGAGAGAGGAGAAGACCACUGCCGCUAAAAUGAGUCUCUCUGGGGAGAGAGAGAAGGAGACCACUGCCUCUAAAAUGAGUCUCUCUGGGGAGAGAGAGGAGGGGAUCACUGCCUCUAAAAUGACUCAAGACACAAGUUCUAAGAGUGUCCAGAAGCCCAGAGCAGAGUCACCUACAACCAGCCUGCUAUCAAUGAAGAGUGAUCAGCCACCUGCUUUCAGCCAGGAACCAUUACCAGAUGACAAUAAGGAAGUGGAGAGUUUGGACAGUGAGGAUGCAUUAAAGAUUACACACAACCUUCCGGACAGAAGAAGUCGAACUCUGCUGACAGUCCAACAAGAGAUCAAGGCUAAACUGAAACACAAGUAUCAACACAUAUCUGAAGGAAUUGGACACCAUGGAAACCAAAGUCUGUUAAAGGACAUCUACACAGAGCUCUACAUCACAGAGGGUGGAGGUGGAGGGCUCAAUAAUGAACAUGAGGUUAGACAGAUAGAGAUGGCAUCCAAAAAACAAACCACACAAGAGACAUCAAUCAAAUGCAACGACAUCUUCAAGCCUUUACCUGGACAAGACAAACCAAUCAGAACUGUGCUGACAAAAGGAAUCGCAGGCAUUGGAAAAACAGUCUCUGUGCAGAAGGUCGUCCUUGACUGGGCAGAGGGAAAAGUAAAUCAGGACGUUAAUUUCAUGUUUCCUCUUCCUUUCCGUGAUCUUAACCUGAAAAAGAACCAAUACAGUCUGAUGCAACUUCUUUCCCACUACUUCUCAGAGCUGAAAGAGAUUGACAGCAUUGAAGAUGGUGAAACCAAAACUGUUUUCAUUUUUGAUGGUCUGGAUGAGUGUCGACUUCCUCUAGACUUCAAAAACAAUGAGACGUGCUGUGAUGUCACGAAGCCAACCUCAGUGGAUGUGCUGCUGACAAACCUCAUCAAGGGGAAUCUGCUUCCCUCUGCUCUCCUCUGGAUAACCUCACGGCCUGCAGCAGCCAAUCAGAUCCCUCCUGAGUGUAUUGACCAGGUGACAGAGGUACGAGGGUUCAAUGAUCCACAGAAGGAGGUGUACUUCAGGAAGAAAAUCACAGAUCAGAAUCUGGCCAAUGAAAUCAUCAAACACAUGAAGACCUCAAGGAGCCUCCACAUCAUGUGCCACAUGCCAGUCUUCUGUUGGAUAUCAGCCACUGUCCUUGAGAUGAUACUGAACGAGACAGAGAAGGACGAAGUCCCCAAAACCCUGACCCAGAUGUACUCACACUUCAUACUCAUCCAAAUCAUUGUGAAGAACAGAAAGUACAACAAAGCCACAGAGACAAACCCAAAGGAACUGUCUCAGUCAGACAAAGAGAUGAUCCUGAAACUGGCCAAGUUGGCUUUCCAACAGCUGCAGAAGGGCAACCUGAUCUUCUAUGAGGAGGACCUGAGAGAGUGUGGCCUUGAUGUCACAGAGGCAUCAGAGUACUCAGCAUUGUGUACAGAGAUCUUUAAAGAAGAAUCUGGGCUGUACCAAGACAAGGUCUACAGCUUUGUGCAUCUGAGCAUUCAGGAGUUUCUAGCAGCAGUGCAUGCUUUAGAAUCAUGUCUGGGCAAGAAGGAAAAUGUUUUCUCCACCAAAGCAGUCACUGGUGUUGAUGAUGAUGAUGAGGAGGAGGAAGAUGAGGAAGAUGAGGAGGAAGAUGAGGAGGAGAAUGAUGAUGAGGAGGAGAAGGGAGAUAAGGAGGAAGAUGAGGAGGAGAAUGAUGAGGAGGAGAAGGAUGACGACAACAACGACGAUGACGACGAGGAAGAUUAUGACAAUGAUGAAGAGAAGGAGUCAAUCCAGUUGUCUGACUUACACAGGAGAGCAGUGGACCAGGCCUUGAAGAGUGAGAAUGGACACCUGGACCUGUUCCUCCGCUUCCUUCUGGGUCUCUCACUGGCGUCCAAUCAGAAUCUGUUACGAAGCCUUCUGACACAGACAGGAAGUACAACACAGACCAAUGAGAGAACAGUCAGGUACCUUUCAGACAAGAUCGACGAAGAAUCUUCACCAGAAAGGAUCAUCAACUUGUUCCACUGUCUGAAUGAACUUGGUGCCAACUCUCUUGUUGAAGACAUGCAGACCUCCCUGCGAUCAGGAACUCUUUCAGAAACAAGACUAAAACCUGACCAAUGUUCAGCCCUGGCCUACCUGUUACUGAUGUCAGAGGAGGUGCUGGAGAAGUUUGACCUGAAGACAUACAACACACCAGAGGAAGGUUAUCAGAGGUUGCUGCCGGUAGUGAAAACCUGCAAGAGAGCACUACUGGAUCACUGUGAACUCACAUAUGAAUCCUGUGAGACUCUGGCCUCAGCUCUGCAGACACCAAACUCUCCCCUGAGAGAACUGGACCUCAGCUACAAUGACCUGGGAGACAGAGGAGUGGAGCUGCUCUGUGUUGGACUAACCAGUCCACUCUGCAACAUACAGACACUAGUACUAGCUGGCUGUAAACUCACAUAUGAAUCCUGUGAAACUCUGGCCUCAGCUCUGCAAACACCAAACUGCCCCCUGAGAGAACUGGACCUCAGCUCCAAUGACCUGGGAGACAGAGGAGUGGAGCUGCUCUGUGUUGGACUAACCAGUCCACUCUGCAACAUACAGACACUAGUUCUUGGUCAGUGUGGUCUGACAGAGGGUUGCUGUUCAGAUCUGGCCUCAGGACUGAGUUCACCCAACUCACAACUGAAACAACUGGAGCUGGGAGACAAUGACCUGCAGGACUCAGGAGUUACACUGCUCUCUGCUGGACUGGAGGAUCCAGACUGUAAACUACACACACUGGGGCUGUCUGGCUGUCUGGUCACAGAGGAGGGCUGUGCUGCUCUGUCUUCAGCUCUGAGGUCAAACCCCUCCCACCUGAAAGAGCUGGACCUGAGCUACAAUCACCCAGGAGACUCUGCAGGGGGACUGCUUUCAGCUGCUCUGGUGGAUCCCACAUAUAAACUGAUGAAGCUGAAUGUGGAUCAUGGUGGAGAGUGCAGGCUGAAAUCAGGGCUGAGGAAAUAUGCCUGUCAUCUCACCCUGGACCCAAAUACAGCAAACUCACACCUGAUACUGUCUGAGGGGAACAGGAAGGUGACACGAGUGGUGGAGGACAAGCAUUAUGAAGACCAUCCAGACAGAUUUGACUGUCUUUAUCAAGUUCUCUGCAGAGAAUGCUUAUCUGGAGGUCGUUACUACUGGGAGGUGGAGAUGGAUGGUACCGGGGCAGUCAUUGGUGUGGUGUACAGAGGAAUGAAGAGGAAGGGAAGGGGGGUUGACAGUGACAUUGGAGGCAAUAAGAAGUCCUGGUGUUUAUUCUGCUCUCGUAGUGGUUAUUGCUUUUACCAUCCUGGAGUCUGUAGCAGAUCCAUCCCUGGUCCUGUUUCUAACAGAGUUGGAGUGUAUCUGGACUGGCCAGCUGGUACUUUGUCCUUCUAUAGUGUGUCCUCCUCUGGUACACUGACACACCUUCACACAGAACACACCACGUUCACUGAACCCCUCUAUCCUGGGUUUGGCGUUUCUUCCUCCUCGGUGACCUCAGUGACCCUGCGUCAGAUAGAUGACCAACACAUUAAGAGAAAUAGAACGACAGACCAUGGUGGAGAUAGUUGGAUCAAGCCUGGACCUGAGAACACCAGAGACCAUGGUGGAGAGUGUUGUAUCAAGUCUGGACCUGGGGACACCAGAGACCGUGGUGGAGAUAGUUGGAUCAAGCCUGGACCAAAGAACACCAGAAACCAUGGUGGAGAGUGUUGUAUCAAGUCUGGACCUGGGGUCACCAGAGACCAUGGUGGAGAGUGUUGGAUCAAGCCUGGACCUGAGAAAUGGAUUCCUCAGAGCUGUAAGACUUGUGACCAUGUUGAGGACUCCACACACUGGCUUCAGAAUGAACCCUUGACUUCCACUGUCCAGGGAGUGACAAUGUUCAGGCACAGGACACCCAGAGGGAGUUAUGAGUGCACAGUGUCUGGGCUCCGCUGGCUGUGUGAGAGAGAUGUCAUUCUGAAGUAUCACUUCAGGAACUGGGAACCCUACAGUCAACUUCUGAAAGACAUGCAGUACACACAAGGUGGUCCAUUGCUGGACAUCACUAUGGAGUUAGGUGAACUGGAGGAAGUUCAUCUGCCACACUUUGUCUGUUUAGGGACCAACCCUUCCCUGAGGAAUGAGAUGAAGAUUCUUCAUGUAGAGGAACAUGGAGUGUCUUUAGAGGAAGUGCAUGAGGUCACCAGAUUCCAUGCUACGAUUCUCCAUCCCAAGUUCUCAGCUAUCUCUGUUAUACUGAGCUAUAUAUUUUCUUGGAUCCUAGAUGUCCACUGUGACGUGGUCCUCUACAUGGCAGUAAAAAGGUCAACAGUCAUUUCAAGGCUGUACCUGCUCCUCAGAAACUCCAGUCAGAAAGAGGCUGUUCGGGAACGGGAGAAAGAUCAGGUGUCCCAAGGAUAUUCAGAAUUUCUCCUGCCAAGUCCAAAUGGGCCCUUAAAGAUGAACACUUGGUUUGCACUCAAGAAUCCCCUCUCCACUUUCAUCUAUCCAGAGAAGAUUCAGCUGUUACCUGCAAACACCCCACCAAGCUGUUGUAAGAUGAUUAUGGGAAACACAGGGGUGGACAUUGAGAUGGAGUUAAUCGGGGAUGAUGAGAGGACAGUAUGGAAAUCAGUGGUAUCAAAAGAUGAAUACAGCAAAGUCUCUCAUCCAACACCAUUAACACUCUCUGGGAUUCCUGCUGAGGAGUUUCUGAAGAAACACAGGGCUGAACUCAUUCAGGGAGUCAAAAACCCAAUGCCAAUAGCAGACGAUCUGUCGUCAAAGAGCAUGAUUGGUGAUGAAGAGUACUCCAGAAUAACAGCUGAAACAACUGAACAGGAGCGAAUGAGAAAACUACUGAACGCAGUCCUCCCUAAAGGACCAGAAGUGACGGGAGCUUGUCUCAAAGCUCUCAGUGAACAUGAAUGCCAUCUUGUUAAGUUCUUGAGUGAAUCGAGCACCUAAUCUGAAGAUGCUGAGGCCUGUCUCCUAGUCUGUGGAGAAAGACACUUCUCCACCUAAUGUGAAGAUACUGAGGCCUGUCUCCUAGUCUGUGGACAAAGACACUUCUCCACCUAAUCUGAAGAUGCUGAGGCCAUAUAUAAGACAACUGCUGGGUCUGACCAGGGAGAGCUCCUGAUUGACAUGUGUACUAUGGUGCAUUGAGUUGGGUCUGA